GUGACGUGUCCACUGGUGACGUGUCAGUUUGUUUACAUGGUGGGCUGCAGCGGGUUCACUCUGCUACACAGACAUGGCUGUCGAUAUCACUUUGCUGUUCAAAGCCAGCGUCAAAACGGUCAAAACCAGAAACAAGGCCAUAGGAGUCGGCUUUGAAUCGCCCAAAGAUGAGAUUUUAAAGAGGAGCAGACCGAAGAAUGCGUUCUCCCCCAAAGCGAAGGAGGUGAUCACGAACAUCACCAAACUCAAAGACUUUCUGCUCCAACACAGGAAGGAUUAUGUGAACGCUGGAAGUCUCAUCUCUUCAGACCUCACCCGUAUGACGGAUAAUGAACGAGACCAGAUCGACCAAGAUGCCCAGAUCUUCAUGAGAACCUGCUCUGAGGCCAUCAAACAGCUACGCAAUGAAUCUGAGAAGCAGGUGACAUCAGCCCAAGUAAAGGAGCACAGGGGAGCAGUACUGGACCUCAUCGAAAUGUAUCUAAAAGGAGUAUGUAAGCUGUACUCGGAGCAGAGGGCGAUUAGAGUUAAGAGGGUGGUGGACAAGAAGAGACUGUCGAGGCUGGAGCCAGAGCACCACAGUAAAGUGGAGAAAACCCCCCAGGUGGAGCCCACCGAGGAAAAGUCUGCCAAGGAGGAGAGCACUGAGAGGAGUGUGUCAGAGGUCCUGGACAACAGUGUCAACCUGUGGGAGGAGAGCCGAGUGGAGGACGAGCUCUCCCCUGAGGAGAUCCAGAUGUUUGAGCAGGAAAAUCAGAGGUUGGUCAGUGAGAUGAGCAGCUUGGUGGAUGAAGUCAGGCAAAUCGAGGGCAAGGUUGUGGAAAUCUCUCGUCUCCAGGAGAUCUUUGCCGAGAAGGUCCUUCAACAGGAAACGGAGAUAGACAAUAUUCACCAGCUGGUUGUGGGCGCUACCGAGAAUGUUAAAGAAGGCAAUGAGGAUAUACGAGAGGCCAUCAAAAACAACGCCGGCUUCCGUGUGUGGAUCCUCUUCUUCCUGGUCAUGUGCUCUUUCUCCCUUCUCUUCCUGGACUGGUAUGACAGCUAACGCCUGUAAACCGCCAGCCUGGACUUUAUGCCGCAGGAAAUAACAAUCUUCUAGCCUUUACACUUAUGGAUAUGACAAAGAAGUGAAUACGCUGAGCUGAAUGCACCGUUCAACACGCUGCGUGGCCGGGCUGGGCAGACUGAAACAUCUCCAGGUGUUCUUGAGGAAGAGUCUGUGUUCAAGUCAAGAUGUCAGUCCAUCCGGCCCGACCCUAAACAUUUAGCGUUCGCAAUGCUCGUCUAGUGCCUUCAAGGCAGCUUUCGCACACAGGAGCGCUUCAUGGAGGCCGGUUUGUACUUUCUGUACUUUGAAGCACACUGUCAGCCUUGUGUAAAGUGCUCUGUCCAGUUUAACUCUGCGGAUGAAUGGACAAUCAGCGUCUCUACCACUCAAAUGACAUAAUGGUUUGAUUGACAGUAACUGAUCUCAUCUGGAUGUGAUUGAAAAGCAGUGACACUGAUUUUUGUUGAUGUCUUAAUCUGUAAUUGACUCCAAUGCACUAGAGGAUAACUGCAACAUGUUGACAUAAAUGAUUUUUUUUUCUCAUGCACUCUCAUUUAUUUAAAGUUUUUGUGUUGCUUAGUUGCUAAUACAUUAUACUUGGCAGUUACAUUGAUGUUGUUUUUCAAGGAGUUUAGAACUACAGGAACAAUUUAUGUGAUAUCUGUCACAGCACAGCUACACUGACAUACCACUCAAAUCUAAUAAAACCAGGUGAUACUCUCAUUUG